AUGAGGAUAGAAAAGUGUUGGUUUUGCUCUUCGAGCAUUUACCCUGGGCAUGGCAUACAAUUUGUUCGUAAUGAUGCCAAGGUAUUGUUCCUCUCGAUUAUUGCACAUUUACUUCAUCUGCUUCCACUAGCCAUGCUGUAUCUCAUCCGUUGCAGACCUCAAUUUCCUGUAUCAUGUAAAAUGUGUGAAGUACUCAUCAUUUUCUGAAAGAUUCUUAUUAGUGUUAUUUAAGAUUGGGUUACAGUGCAUGCAUCUACACGCCAAUGAAGAAUUAUCAAAGAUGAUUUCAGAGACAAUGUAUCACUAAUCCUUCAUUAUUCGGAAUACUUGCAAAACUCCUUGCAAAGAAAUGCUGUCAAAUUCUAUGAAUGUUCGCCUCAGUUAUUAUAAGUUAAUUUUCCCUUGCAAGGAAGUAGCAAUUAUUAUCCUCUUUGGAGGGCAAAGUGGGUAAAACCAGCUUUUGUUAUUAUUGUCUGGUUGAUCCGUUUCUCCUAUUAUCUCGGGUAAUGAAUGAUAUUAGGUUGCUUUCCAAUAGUUUAACAUUUUCUUAUUUAGGAUCUUAUCGUAGAUAUUUAUGUGUCUACUUUAUAAAAUGACCAUUUUUAAAAGGUAAAAGUAUUCACUAGUGUUGAUAUUUCCGCAGAUAUUUCGAUUCUGUAGAUCCAAAUGCCACAAGAACUUCAAGAUGAAGAGAAAUCCACGCAAGGUUAAGUGGACAAAAGCUUACAGAAGGGUUCAUGGAAAGGAUAUGACACAGGUAACAAUAAAGUCAUUUUGAAUGUGAUCAGCGGACUCGCUGGCUUUCAUUUAUUUCCCUAUCAAUUAGAUAUGUAAGCCUGUCUUUUUCCCUUUUUUCUCUCCUCUUCCAGGACUCUACUUUUGAGUUGGAAAGAAAACGAAACAGACCUGAGAGAUAUGACAGGAAUGUUGCCGAAAACACACUCAAGGCCAUAAAGAAGAUUGACAAAGUCAGAGUGGCUAGAGAAGCCAGACACCACGCCCAGAGGUUCACCUCAGUUGUCCUUUGUUAUUAUUAUUAUUUAUUUAUUUACUAGUGCAGUAUGUUUUCAUCCGGUCAAAGAAGCCCACGGUUAUAUAAUCUUAUUUUACUUCGUGGUUCUCCAUUAAAUUGUUCCGAUUUCUCUUUGUCGGUGAUUGAUAUGCCCUUCGAUAUUCUUCUAUUUACUUCUUCUCUUUGUGGCUCGUAUUGCAGGAUGAAGGGCAAUAAGGUCUCUGAGAUGAAGGCAGCAGUGAAGGAGCUGGAGCAGAGCAUCCACAUGGUGAAGGCUCCCAUUGCACUCAAAGAGGAUCCCUCUCUCACCCUCCCCAAGCUCAAGGUUAAAGUCGUCCAGCCAGCACAAGCAGAGGAUCAAAUGGAAGAAUGA